AACACUUUAUGAGAAUAGUUUCUUUAUUCAAGGCGUUCAUGUGCAAGAGAGUUAUCGUGUUGUAAACGAUUUUCUUUUGUUUUCAGAUAAUUCAAUAACCUCUGGAAUACGCAUGAUUUUUUUGUUUCAUUAUCUACUUGUGUGUGUAUAUGUCGCAUGAAAGACUGAGGAGGCUACAAAUAUAGAUAUUGAUCUUUCAUUGGAACAGCCUGUAUUUCUCCAAUAGCGCUGAUCCGAAGUCACUCGUACUCAUAUUGUGUGAACCGUAAUAAUACAGCCCAUUCCAUUCAGUUUUUGUUUGAACAAUGACCGUACCUGUGUUUAUUUAAUCGACGUGAUGCAGUUUUUCUAUCAUUCUAUGGAUAUUUUCCAUUUUCUGGAGAUAAUUUUACCGGAAUAUGUUUUAUCACAGUGUCAAAUUGAAAACCGACGUGAAUAGCUUUAAAUGUGAUAUUUGUACGGAAUAAUUGCUCAAACGUGAAACUAAUCGAUUCCAGCUCGCGAUGAAUCUCCAAGUCUACAAGACAGAAACUCCGACAAGUAAUUCUUCAAAAGGUGCAAGGAAUAUAAUUGUAAAUUGAUUAUAUUUUGGCAGUGAGGAAUAAGAAUCUUCGGAGAGUUGAUGGCUCGCGAUUAUGGCUGCCGUAGUGUCUAUAAUGAAUCAGAGGCGGUUCCGGAAGUCAUACGAGCGUCCGGACCGUAUGAACAGUGACGACGGGGACCAGCUAUGGGUUUUUCCAUCGCAUGCCAAACACGGCAGUCGAAUGGGAUCACACGGCUCAGACGGAAGUAAAACUGCACUCGACACGUGCAAAUCUUCGCCAUCGCGACUUAGCGAUCCGCUGUCGCCAUGUAGCGGAUGUAGCAUACCGAUAGCACAUCGCUGUCACUUACAGACUUGCGAACGGAUUACAAUUAACGUUAGUGGACAAUAUUAUGAAAUUUGGGCAUCAAUUUUGAACAAACAUCCUGACACUUUGCUCGGUAAUCCGGAGAAGCGUUUGCAAUUUUACGAUCGGCAAAGAGAUGAAUAUUUUUUCGACAGACAUAGACCAACAUUUGAAGCGGUUUUCAAUUAUUACAAAUAUGGAGGAUAUCUUCAUAGACCGGAGCCAGUUCCAGACGACAUAUUUCUGUCGGAAUUAGAUUUUUAUGAAAUAGAAAAAGAAAUAGUGGAUCAUUACAAAAAGGAAGAAGGAUAUAUCGAAGAAGAAAAAAUUCUUCCUGAAAACCCAAUACAACGAAAAAUCUGGAUGUUGGUCGAAUACCCCGAGACCUCAUGCUUCGCCUAUGCAAUAGCAAUUGUUUCCGUGAUAAUUACAGUGUUGUCAAUUGUUUUAUUCUGUAUUGAAACAAUACCAGCUUUAAAGAAAACAUGUGAAGAGAAUGAGCCAGUUAAUUUUGGUGACCCAUUUUUCAUUCUUGAAACCAUUUGUACAGCUUUCUUCACGGUGGAAGUGUUUGUUCGUUUCUUUUCGUGUCCAAACAAGUUACUGUAUUUCAAAGACUUCAAGAAUCUUGUUGAUGUUACAGCAGUUAUACCUUACUACAUUACAUUAUCCAACAGCCUUUCAAGUCAGAGCUGUGAAUCCUCGAAAUCCAGCACUUCCCUUGCGUUCUUACGUGUUGUACGAUUAGUUCGGAUAUUUAAAUUAACAAAGCAUUCGGCAGGACUGCAGGUGUUGAUUCUUACCUUCAAAGCUUCACUGGAAGGACUCUUACUUUUCUUAGUUGCAAUGAGUGUUUGCAUUCUAUUAUUUUCUAGUGCAAUAUAUUAUGCGGAACAUGAAAUCAAAGGCUCACAAAUUAGCAGUAUUCCAGAUGGGUUUUGGUGGGCUCUUAUUACUAUGUGUACAGUUGGUUACGGAGAUCAGGUCCCAAUUGGCUUCUGGGGAAAAAUAAUCGGGUCAAUGUGUGCCCUUUCUGGUGUGUUAACGCUGGCUAUUCCUGUCCCAAUCAUCACGGAAAAUUUUAAUAAAUUUUAUGCUCACAAAACUGGUAGAGGUCGAACGUGAAUUAAAAUCAUAUUUGUAUUUGCACACAGUGACUGUAUAUAAAAAGAAACCCGUACAAGAUACAGGUUAAAAUGGAAACUAAAGGAUAACGGACUGGAAGAUUUAAUUGUGGUUCAUUUUAUAUUUAUUCAAAAAUGAGAAACAGGUAAUACCAGUAAAUGCCUUUUGAUUGUGCAAACUGCUUUAAUGCUUCAGCUUACCAUUUCUUGUUGCCGAUACAUUUUUGUUCAUAUCAAAUGGGGGAAAAAAGCUACAAUUUUUGUCAAAGUAAUGGUAAUGUUCACAUGAUUAAGUAAAAUUUAUAUAACAUACUUAGAAAAUCAGUAAACAUUUUAAAAAAAUAACGCAAAAUUAAGCGGAAUUAAACAAAAAGUUCUGCAGAGGUUAAACCUAUUUUUACACCAUUUAUAGAAAUUAUACAAAUAUAAAAAUUUCAUAUAUUUAGAACCGUUAAGUUAACGGCGUGUUCAUUUGAACAUUUUAUGAAAUAUGAUAAAACAAGUUAUUAUACUGUGAUUAAUUCAUUUUGCUAAUUUAAAGUGACCGCAUUAAACAAAAACUGAAAAAUUCACGACAGAAAAAAUCUCCCGUACAGAUAUCACAGGAAUAAUCGAAGAACAUGAUAUACUAUUAACUUUUUAAUUCUUUUUCCAGAUUUCAAAGUAAGAUUAAGCAGGAAAAACAUAAUUGAAUUUUAAGAAUACCUUGGCAAUAACGGGUAGCUUGGGAAUCCGGUCUGACAAUUUUAACUUUAUUUUCUUACGGAAAAUUGACACAAAUAUCAGAAACUCUAUUAACGCCAGAUAGUAUUAAUUAACAUCAACUAUAAGGCUGUUUAUUGCAGAAAGUUUGUUUUAUAUUUAGGUAUUUUUGGUUGACAAAACAUUAAUUAGCAACAACUUUCCAGGGAAGCUUGCAAUGAAUUUCUUGAAAAUUUCUAAUAGUGUUUUCUCCUAUUAUUAAUUUGAGCCGUGCCAUGAGAAAACCAACAUAAUGGGUGUGCGACCAGCAAGGAUCCAGACCAGCCUGCGCAUCCGCGCAGUCUGGUCAGGAUCCAUGCUGUUCGCUUUUAAAGCCUAUUGGAAUUGGAGAAACUGUUAGCGAACAGCAUGGAUCCUGACCAGACUGCGCGGAUGCGCAGGCUGGUCUGGAUCCAUGCUGGUCGCACACCCACUAUGUUGGUUUUCCCAUGGCACGGCUCAUUUACACUUUCUUAUACACAUGUAUUACUGUAUAAAAUAUACAAAACCUUAGUAUGAGGUAGCCUGUAAAGAUUAAUAGAUCUGACAAUAUAACAUUUUUUUUGUGUGUGGCGAUCUUAUGUUUAUGGAGGUGUUACUGCCUUGAAUGAAAAGCCUCUGCCGUAUUAUACAUGUACUAAUUUAUUCUUUACCGACAAGUAUGUUAAUAAGGACUCACCAGUUUAAGUAGUUGUUAUUCUAAACUUCUUUUGACAAUGCAACUACAUUAAGAUUGUUAAUUCUACAUUUACAUAUAAUUGAUAAUUUUGUUUUGUUUUGAAUAUGUUAAAGGCUAUUUCUUUCGUAUAACAAGAGAGAUUUUAAAUCUAUUAAGCAUUACACAACUUAUAUGUUUGUAUAAAUAAGAUUCGGCUUGGCAUCAUUUGAAAAUUGAUACUCUUUGAAUAAGUAUAUAUUUAGAAUUUAUAACAAGUGUUAUGACACCUUGUCUUUAUAACUCUUAAGCUAUCAACAAUUCAACACAUAAAUAAAGAAGGAAAUUUAUCCAAAUGCAUAUUCUUCCUAAAUAUGUUUGUUUCUGAAAAAAGGGACAUCGGAAUGCUAUUAAUAUGAUUAGACAAUGUCGGUUUCCAUUCAUUUAUUACUGAAUAUAUAUAUUUGGUAGUACCAUGUUUUGGGGACGUCGGCCAUUAACGAACGAUUUAUCCACUUGAGCAAAACUUGCGAGUAUACAUGCAACUGAGCGUUAUUUUUUUUAAGGGUAUUACCCUAAUUUUCAUAUCUGUUUAUUAUGUACAACGUACGAAUAGUAUACAGUUAUUUCACUAGAUUUCAUUAAUAUUCAAUUGUAUUAUAAUUAAACUAUCGAAUCAGGGACGUUAAUUCUAGUUCGCAAUGAAAGGCCUAGGUGUAGCAGACGAAAGGAAAAAAGUUUUUUAUUGUGAAAAUAAAUUGACAUGUCUCGGCCGUGUAAAAAUGUAACUUACUGCACGACGUUUUAUCUCAAUGAAUUGUUUAUUUUGUGAUAAUUCAAUCCUAGGUAAAGUCUUAAUAGAAUGGUCAUAGCGGCUUUUUUAAAAGAAAACUUUAAAGAUUUCUUCGAAUUUUAACAGUAAAAUUUAAGUUUUAUGACUUGCAUUGUUUACCUGUUGAAAUUGAAUCGUUAUUAAGUUUUAUGAAGAUCAGUUUGUAAAGACAUAGAUUUGUCUGUUUCGUGAGGAUAUUCGAGUUUAAUUUCUUUUUCGCAAAAAUAUAUGCAAAAAAGGUCCUGUAUUAGCCUAUUUUUCAGUAUUUUUAGGGUUGUCAGACUAUGGCCAAAAUCUGUUUAAAUAAUAGUAUUUCUUUGAAAAUAUUCCUGAUAACUUUUCGGAUAUAAGUUUUAAAUCAUAAUUUCACAUAACAUAUCGUCCAACGUAAAACUUGAUUUCUAGCUAAUGUCACAUCAAUAUGUCAACAAAAUUAAUAAUUAUUGUUACGUCCUAAUCUUAGUUUUAAAAGGACACAAAAGUACCCAAGCAUUUUUUGGAAAGAAUUAUAGGAGAAAGAAAAUAGAGGUAUACGAGUAGAUAUUAAUUUUUAAUUCGAAUAUCGUUGGAUUUUAGACAAAAAAGAUUGAUUAUUAUAACAAUAAUUAUGUUCAGACAUUUUUGAGUACUUUGUGUGUUUUUUUAGAAAUAGGUUAAAGACGGAAUUGUGUAAUAUCACAUAAUAACAUCUUUUGAAAAAAUGACUUUUUAUUUCGAAGUUGUUUAAUUCAAGAUACCAAUAGUUUCAGAGUAUUACUUUUAGUAAGUUCUUGGAACGUAACUAUUAAUGUUUGUUUUUCCUUGUUUUUAAUGUGUUAGCAAUACCUUGUGUAGCGUUAGAACAAUUGUUGAGGUUACGUAACUUUUGAUUUUUUUCAUUGACCAGUAAAGCCAUUUUUGUCAUCAUUUCUAAAACGACUUUCGAAAUCAUUUUCUUUUGUGUUUGCUAGGUUUCACGUCACACCAAAACAAUUAUAGAUCAUAUGGUGAGCUUUUCAUGUUGGAGGAAGACCCUAGGUGUUUGUCCGGACAUGAUUUCAUUACGGGCAAGCACCUGGGUAGAGCCACCGACCUUCUGUAAGCCAGCUGGAUGGCUUCUCACAUGAAAAAUAUACACACCAAGUGAUUCUUGUUUUCAAAAUAAUUUGGAAAAGAAUUUUGUCAUUAGUUCGUUUAGAAUUAAGAGUAUGCUGAACAAAACAUCACAAUAUGUUACAAUGUGAUUUGUUUUUCUUUGUUAAAGUAGGCGUAUCAUAUUUACACAUUUAUAAACAUCAUUAGCCUACUUCUAUGCAACUUAAACACGUGUUCCUAUAUUCCUAUAUAUAGCAUUUUCAAUUACCUCCUUGUAUUGAUUUUUUCUGAUCUAGGCACAAUAUUUAUCCUUAUACGAUGUCGUUUCUUGGCAGUUUCUAAUAUAUUAGUAUUACCCUUUAUUGAAUUAGAAGUAUUAUCCAUAAAGCUCACCGGUAUUGAAUUAUGCACCAUAUGUAAGACAAGGAGAAAAUGAACAUACGUCACGUAUACAAGGUCAUCUACUUUUCUAUUGUCUCUCGCAAUAGAUAUUGGAUCUGUAUUUCUUGUCUUAAUGAUACUCAUUUUUUUAUUGCGUAUUAUAUGGUGAUAUUUUUGAUCUUCAAUAUACUCUAUUAAAUUGUAAAGAAUUCUUAAUAUUGAACCUUCAUGCAUCUUCAUUAAAUUUUACCGUGUUAGAAAUAAAUUAUACAUAAAAUGUCUUAUGUUCGUCAACAAUGUUUUUGUUUAUUGCAAAAAAUAACUUAAUGUUAGGCCUCAUUGUCAAAUAUAUUCUUUUUAUUACAAUUUCGGCAAUAAACUAGAAAUCAUUCUGUAUUUAUUAGCAACGUGAUGGAUAUCUUCAAAUAUUGAUAUUUAAUAAAACUGUUUUGCAAAGAGAUAAGAGGUCCCAAAGGCGUUUCUAUACACAGUAGCAGUAAUUGAAACCAAUUAUAACAUGGAAUAUCACUUAACUGACGUCUCCUGUAUCUGCUUCUGAAAUUCUGCUUACUCAGUACAAGUCAUUAAUUAGUAAUUUCAAUAAUCUAUUGGAUAUAAACAUGCUGUUGUUUCUGGUGAAAUCAUUGGUUACCAAUCGAUAUUCACAAUAAAACUAUAUCCCCAGAUACUAGCAUGUAUUUCAAAACAGGUACUACUUUCCAACCGGAGAGAACUUCGGUUCGAUAACAGUUAUGGUCCUGUUGGGAACUUUCGUAAUCAAAAUGAUAGUGAACUAUAAAUGUCAUUGGUUUUCCCAGAUGGAAAUUGACUCUAACCAAUUAUUGCGCUAUAAAAGAGUCGAUUUUUACAUAGAUGUUGAUAUUGUUCCCGAGUUAAGUUACAAUUAUUGGAUAGAAUAAUUGAAUUUUUGUAACGAAAAGUGCGAGCUCGUUAUAGGUAAAUCGAAACAUUCAGGAGAGAUGCAGUGACCUAAUUAAACAAAAAUGUUAAGCAUUUAGUUAAAUGGCAUAUCUUGAAAAAUAGAUUGCAGCGUAUUUUUUUUUAUUAUUGGAGUCGAUGUUUUGUGAGUAUGAAGUAUAUAAGUUCAGUACAUUUCCUUCUGUAUUUACCAUUACAUACAUGUACCUACUGACAAUGAAAUUACACAAACACUGUUUUGCAGCUUUUCUACAUUUUAACAGGUCACCGAGCGUUGAUGUUAGAUAUAAACUACCUAAAAUACUCUUAAUAACUUUAUGUAUCCUUUUUAUUUACAAAUACAAGCUUAUAAAAUCGAUUUGUAAAUGGCAAAAAAUUGACAACACUUUGGAGAUGUUUUGAAAUAACAUAUAAAAUUUUGCAUGAGUACUACAUGAAUACAUUCUAUCACUCUGCCUUUAUUCAAAACCAGCAUUGACAUUUGGAUAAUAUUUACAAUUUAUUUACUUAACAUUAAUAAUUAAGAUACAGAAAAUCAAUCUCAGACAUCAUUACUCAUAUGCAUACCAAAAGUAUUCAGUGUUUGGACUACUUGUUUUAGUUGUGACAUCAAGUAUUACUACAGAAAUGAAGUAAUGAGACCUCUUCCGAGUGUCAAAAAGUACUCCGUUCUAAAAGUGUUUUAGUAUUAUUCUACUAUUAUUAGAGCCAAAUGCAACAUUCCAGAUCAAACUACUGUUGUAAUGGACCUUUGCUAUGUACCCUAUUGUACUAAACAGUUUUUUUUUUCAAAUAAAUAAAUGAAUAAAUUGAAAGAGUAAUAAAAACACACCAAAACGUUAAGGGUGGUAAUCAAAUUGGAACCAUUACAAUUAGUACUCAUUUGGAAGGGCUAUAUGGCAUUUGCGCUUCAACAAACUGUUUACUUAUUGCAAUAUGUAAACAACUGGGUUUGAGACCAAUAAUGAUAACCGCGGUAACAUUAACCUCCCUUUGAGAAUAAAUGUCUUUAAGUUUCUUCCGAUUGCAUCAUAGUAUAAGCAUAUAGUGUUUCUCUUUUUCUUUAAAGUAUUCUAUUCAGAGAUACGCUCGUAUAGCUACAUUGAACUGUAUUAAGUCACCCCCUGUAUCGAAUGACAAGUACGUUUUCAAUUGAUAGCUCAAUAAAAAUGUAAUUGCUUUACGCAUGUGCAAACAGUUUUAUCUUUUUAUAACUGUAACCCUUGACAAAAUGGAAAUACGUAAAGCAUUGAUUAUGACAUAUGAUUAUAUGCUUAAGAUAGGCUAAACAUCACGAUCAUUCCUUUUCUUUCUUUUAGUUUUAUUGAAUUUUCAGAAACAAUGAAGUGAAACUAGUCUAUUAUUCAAACUAUUAUGAUGGUCCGAGAAUCAAUCAGUAUUACAUUUUGUCUCACAUCUUACGUUCGCAGUGUUACUAGUGAAAUGCAAUAUGCCUUCAGUUCUUUGUAUUUGUUCUACAAGUGUGUGAUUCGACCUUUUUAAAAACAUUUCUGAGUAUUUUAUUUUUAUAAUUACCAGUCUACAAAGACUUUUACUAUUGUAUUUGAAUUACGUACAAAGGCUGGAUAAUUUGAUUUGAUUGUUAAUUAUAGUUCAUCUCUCAGAGGGAAACACUCCUAGAAACCUUCCCCUAGUAAUCAAUACAUAUUCAUUCGCUAAGCUGUUCCAGUAAAAAAAACUGCCGAAAUCUGCGUAGCAUUUCUUGACAGAUUUUCUCCUAAGAAAAUGAUUAGCAGUCAAAAUCAUUGACGAUAGCUAAUAAUUUCCAAGAAUUAUUUUUUUCUUUGAUUAACUUAGAUGACAAUCCAGGAACAGUGGGACUAUUAAAUGGCAAAGUUUUUCUUGCUCCAUAGCAACGGUUGGUUUGAUUUAAUUUCCAAUGGAGAAGACAGUUAUAAUAGGUAGCUUGGUAAUAUAGAAAGUAAACAUAGAUACGUUCUCUAUCAUUUCUUUGCUUACUACUUAUACGGCAAUGAGAAGUAUUCAUUUUCAGUUUAUACUCUGCGUUAAAUUUAUCACAAGUUUUAAUUGUUUGUUUUUAAAAUUAGGCGGUACUGUAAAAUUAAAAUAAUUACCAGUUAACCGAAAUACUAUUUCACUUUAAAUCCGAAUUAAACAUUUCAUACCUUAUCAUAGAAAUAUCAAAGUUUUCUGAUUACAAAUAACGUUUUCGGUGUUCUAUAAUUUAUGCAUGUUUGCCUGAAACAAUGUGCAAAAACAUCCUACAUUUAAGAGUGACAUUUUCACAACAUAUCUUUAAAUUUACAGGACCGUCUACAAAAUAAUUACUACAGUUUUUAAAUAGAUACGUCAAUGCUUGUUCUAACAUCUAUGCCUAAAAUACAUUUUAAUUCCCUAAACAGUCGUGUAUUUUUUUCAGGUUUAAACGAUAAAAGCCUGUACUGUAUGUGCAGCCAAACAGUUUAUUGGUAAAUAUUAAUAUGUUUAUAUUACCAGAUAUAAAGGUUAAUCGUAAAAAAAGUGUCGAUUCAGUUUUAGCCAUGGUAAAAAGAAUGAAUUCAUUUCAUUGCAAAUUCUCUCUUGACUGUAACGAAAGAGACUAAUCAAGUUUUUUUUUGUCAGUUUGAUUAUAUUUAUUAUGUGUUUUAGUGGAUUAUUGAAAUAUUUUUUGUAUUUCCACCUUGAAAAUGUUUCCUAUUUUGUUGUUUCCUGAUAAAAAGGGUAAAAAUGCAUUUAAAUAUGAAAUAAAAGAUUAUUUGUUUAUUUGACACGCACUAUCAAAGUAUAUUUCACUCGUGAACACCGUAUCUCACACGUCAACUCGUGGCGACGUCACCAAAUCUACUAUUAAUAUUGACUUGGUAAAAUAUAUUUCUGCCUUACAGUGAAACAAACAACUAUUCCCUGUUUUUUGUGAUUUGUAAUAAUACCGCAGGCAUAAUGAAGUAAAUGUAAACGGUCAAAAGUCUUACUGUAAUGGUUGUUUGUUUUUGUUAUUUUAUCAUUCAGCUACUAACAUAUUUCACAAUAGCAAGUAGAAUACGACUUGUAUUUUUAAAAGAAAUACAAAAUGAUGGAAACAAAUAAAUUUGUAUUACACACUUGGAAAUUACGAAUCUGUGUCAUCUUUGUGUCCGAACUUCUGUCUUUUAAUAGUCGCCUUACAGUCUUGAUAAAAGAUCAAACAAUAAAAAACACUUAAAUAUCGAAAGGCGAACUUUACACAUUCUAGUACACGCCCCUUCUAAUCUAUAUUUGCAAAGAGCUGAUGAUUUAAUUCUUUUCUUAAACAUUUCAAACAUUUUAUCCAAUUAUUUUCAUAUAUGUAAAACAAAGCGCUGGAAUCAAACGUCCAUAAACAAAACUGACGUCAUGUCGUUUCAAAGGCGUACAAGUUGAACGCGUUCCAAAUUAAAAUAUUAUCUUUAGCGUCACGGUGUUCUUUUUGCUAAAAUACUAAGUAGUACGCAGAGGUUCGUAUUGACAGUAGCUUGAUCUGAUAUAAAUAUUCGGCUCACGCGGAUUUUACCAGAUCGGACCGCACUUGGCGCUUGUGUGUCUCUGGUUAUCAUGGUCUGGAAAACUUCACUCGAGGCAAGGACAACGUCUACUGUAGUGACCUUAUUUAAUUUUACAUCUCUCUCUCUCUCUAUUUGUUGUUAUUUGAGACGUAAAGUAAUUAUGGUCAAAAAUACAAUAUAAACUUUGAUAACAAUGUUAAUAUGUUAAUAAGAUAAGAUUUAGAGUGUACUCACGAUUGUUAUGGAUCUGCUCAACGUAACUUGUUACAAAUUACAGAUCAAAAUAAAUAUUAUGUAUCAGCAAAAAAUGUAGAAAUGCAUUUUUAUAACUUGUGUUGCUUGUGAAUAAUUGUUAAUGUUUUGUUUUUACAAAUAUGCAAUACAGUUUUGUUUGAUGUUGGGUUUUCACAGAAUUGUAUAAUAUAUGUAUUCUUGAUUGAUAGUCAGUCAGUUAUAAUCUAUUAUGCAAAAGUAUUUAUACACACAUACGAAUUUCUUUCAUAUCAGUUGAGUUCCACAAUGUCUCAAUUUGUGUGACAGUUUAACAAAGAAGAAAGUAACGUUAUUAUGGGAUAAACAGUGGUUGACAAACGGACCGGUGAGAGAGCAUCAUGCCGACGAGUAUGACGUCAAAUUUAAAUAUUAUGUCCGGUUCAAUUCUACUCGGAUGUAAAAUUCAGCUUUUUGUCCUUAUAUUUCAUUGAACAUGUUUAACUAAAAUAAACAGAACUUCUUUUAGUUUACCGUCUUGUUUACCAGUGUUCAUCGUUCAGAUUAUUGGAUAUCUAACCCCAAGGGGAUCGAUUCCUUUGCAUCUGAACCGUGGUAACGCAGUCGGUAAACAACUCGAGCGCCUUAAUGAUUUUGAUAAACCUAGAACUAUUGCAUACUUAUGCAGUACCGAUAACACUGUGCUAAGGUAUGAACAAAAACCUUUAUACAGUAAUGUAAAACUAAAAUUCGAGACGAGUCUCAAAUCUAAAGCAUCUUUUGCUCAAUUCUGAGCUCAAAUCUGAAAUUGAAAAAUGACUGAGAAACAUUCGGAGACAGCCUCAUUACUCAGCUUUUGUUCCAGAUUAUGUAUCACACAAUUUACAAUUACAGAAGACAUCUUUUGAAGUUCAUAUUCUUAAAACUUCUACUUGUACUAUUUUUUUUAGUAAAUACUUCUCAUAUAUUUUAUCUUGUAAUUGUUAUUUUGUUUUUUAUGUAUAUAUACUAAUAUAAUAUUUCUAUUGAAUAUGUAGAUUGGAUUGGUUCAAAUUGCAAAUCAAUGGAAUCACAUCUACACUAAAUAUGACUUAUUGCUUCCGUACUUCAAUUUCAUGCUGGUUGAAAUCUAGUAGAAAACAAUUCUUAUAUUCUACCUUGACUGAACUUACACAUAACAUUAAGUAACGCUAUGAAUUUUAAAAUGAACAUUAAACCAUGCAAAUUUUAUUAGCUGUCUUUGCCUAUAAUUGUCUUUUGUUUUUAUCUUUUUUACAUCUUGCAAAUGUUUUUUGUAGCUAGAAACCCAAGAAGUCUAGAACUUUUGCAUAAACAAUAUAGCUCGCUUUAAACUGACAAUGUUAUUCUAGAAUUUAAAACACUCUAUACUGAUAAUGUGUAAUUUACCUACAACGAUAUAUUAUCAGAAAGAAAUUUAUUAUCGGUAAUACCUUUGGUCAGAGCCGUCGUAUCAUGUUUUAUUUAUCUGUAACAGAAGAAGUUUUAACAACAAGUUGCUAUGAUGAAUUGUUCUGGCGAAUUAUAAAUAUUUAAUUAUUCGAUUUAUUUGUAUAUUGGUCUUAGGAAACAUGCAUUAUUAAUCACAUGUAGUCUUGGUUAGUCUAUUUAAUCAUUUAAGUCCAGACAUGAGUAAAAGUAACCUAUGGUUAAAAGUUGCACGUAAAAACACAUCAUCUUCAACAUUUUCUCUUUCAAUUUUAAUUGUCAUGUAGCCUCUUACUCAUUGCUAUUUCUUUAAGAAAAAACUUUUAAAGACAUAUAUUGACUAGACUGGACUGAAAUAAUGAUUUUGUACCAUCAAAAUCAUAAAGGGCAAAUUGACCAAAGGUACUUUUUGUCAUUAUUUGGCUCAUUCCAUCUAGUGUUUCUUGAUACAAAAUUUUCAGUGCUGUUUUCCUUUUGUAAUUGCUCAAAUUAUUAUAUCAUUUUAUCAAAUAUUCGAAUUUUGCACAAUUGUAGAUGUAGAUUGUAUUUUAACAAGAUAUGUUUCAUAUCUUCAUAUUAUUCCUGUGAUUUGCUCAAUAUACGGAAUUUGAAGAUUGUUUGCACUUUGAUGUUGGCUUGUAGCCAUUAAGUUAUUGUGCCAUGGAAUUUGAUCACCUGAACCAGAUACUUUUGUGGAGGUUGAUAUUACAUGACUGUAUGUAAAAGAAACCAUAACUGACAAAAUUGAAAUCACUUGUAUGCAUGUUUGAAAAUAAAAACGUUUUUAUUGCAGAAUUAAGAAAAAAAUAUUUACUUCAACGUUUUUAUGUAUAUAGACUAUUUGCACAACUGUAUGUAUUUAAUUAGAAGAUUUUUAUAUAUCGACACUCUUUAUUACUCAUAUUAAUGCAAAAAAAGAGAGUAAAG